GCCCCCCGCCUUUCUCCUCAGCCGGCAGAAAGAAGUCUAGCCAGAGACCGAAAUCGCCCCCUUUUAUCCGCUUUUCCACACGCACGCCCUCCCGCCUUUGUGCGGGGCGGGGGGGUUGGUUUUGUUUUAAACUAGGUGUUUUAAAAAUACCCCGAAAAUGGCGUUUUUUAGAAAGUGGCUUUUCUGUGGAAAGGUGUCUUUUUAAACAAAAAAACACUAUAUUAUAUAUGUAAUUCUACCCAGUUGAGUUCCUGCAGGGCAGCUGCUCGGGUGUCUCGUGUGUGUACGCUGGUUUUUUAAGUUUAAUUUUGAGAUUUUUUUUUUAGAUUUUUUUUUUUUUUGACAGAAGUGUCAUAUUAUAGCGGGGUGGGUUAUUCUCGGGUUUUUUUUUUUUUCUUCUCCUUCCUCGUUAAACGCGAAGAAAGCCAGUCUCUUAUUUAUAAAUCUGCCGGGACUUGCCUGUCGCGAUGUACAACACGGUGUGGGAUAUGGACCGCGAUGACACGGACUGGAGGGAAGUGAUGAUGCCAUAUUCCACUGAGCUGAUAUUUUAUAUUGAAAUGGACCCUCCAGCUCUUCCUCCAAAGCCCCCCAAACCAAUGGCUCCAGUCAAUACAAACGGGAUAAAGGACAAUUCCAGUUUCUCUCUGCAGGAAGCAGAGUGGUACUGGGGGGACAUCUCAAGGGAAGAAGUAAAUGACAAAUUACGAGACAUGCCAGAUGGGACGUUCCUGGUGCGCGAUGCAUCAACCAAGAUGCAGGGGGACUACACUCUGACGUUACGGAAGGGUGGCAACAAUAAACUGAUAAAGAUCUAUCAUCGGGAUGGAAAAUAUGGCUUUUCUGAUCCACUGACGUUUAAUUCUGUUGUGGAACUGAUUAACCACUACCGCAAUGAGUCUCUUGCUCAGUAUAACCCGAAGCUUGACGUGAAGUUGAUGUAUCCAGUGUCCCGGUAUCAGCAGGAUCAGUUGGUGAAAGAAGAUAACAUAGAUGCAGUAGGUAAAAAGCUGCAAGAAUACCAUGCUCAGUAUCAAGAAAAGAGUAAAGAGUAUGACAAAUUGUAUGAAGAAUAUACCAGGACAUCCCAGGAAAUUCAGAUGAAGAGGACUGCAAUUGAAGCAUUUAAUGAAACUAUUAAGAUAUUUGAGGAACAGUGCCACUCACAAGAGCGUUACAGCAAAGAAUACAUCGAGCGAUUUCGCAGAGAGGGGAAUGACAAAGAAAUUGAACGGAUUAUGAUGAACUAUGAGAAAUUAAAAUCACGCUUGGGCGAGAUCCACGAUAGUAAAAUGCGUCUGGAACAAGAUUUGAAGAAACAAGCUCUGGACAACAGGGAGACUGAUAAGAAAAUGAACAGUAUCAAGCCUGACCUAAUUCAGCUCCGCAAAAUCAGAGAUCAGUAUCUUGUAUGGCUCAACCACAAAGGAGUGAGACAGAAGCGAAUAAAUGACUGGCUGGGGAUCAAAAAUGAAAAUAUUGAUGACACAUACUUUGUGAAUGAAGAAGAUGAAAACCUGCCACAUCACGAUGAGAAAACUUGGUUUGUUGGGGACCUCAACCGUAUCCAAGCAGAAGACUUGCUCUGUGGAAAACCUGAUGGAGCAUUUUUAAUUCGAGAAAGUAGCAAGAAAGGAUGUUAUGCUUGUUCUGUGGUAGCUGAUGGAGAAGUGAAACACUGUGUGAUCUACAGCACUCCAAGAGGUUAUGGGUUUGCAGAACCGUAUAACCUGUACAGCACACUUAAGGAUUUGGUUCUUCAUUACCAGCAGACCUCCCUUGUCCAACACAAUGAUUCCCUAAAUGUCAGGCUUGCCUACCCUGUCUACGCACAGAUGCCCCCCUCUCUUUGCAGAUAAAUUGUGGGGAGGAGGAAAGCGUUGGCUAUCUUGGAUUCUUUUCUACAAUUUUUAUUAGAACUUGGAGGGCAUUCUUUCUCCUUAGACUGCUUGUUUUGCACAAGAAGUGAUUCUGUGAAUGUGAAUCAAAAAGAGGCCUAGCAGCAACAAGAUGACAACUUGGGUGUAGGUGUCCUGGUGCUAUCUUAAAAGCUCAGCUGUGCUUUUACACUGAUACUUUUGUUUCCUUAUGAGGGAAUAAACUCAACACAAUGCAUACAAAAAUACUGGAAGCAAAACAUCGUUUUACGGAGAUAAUUUUUUGCCAGGCACCUUCAGUGGAACUUCUAAUUGGAUUUUGUUUUCUCUUGUUCUUGUAGAGGCAGUUUGAAGCCUCUGUUUGAGGCAUCAGUAAUGUCUUUCAGUCUUAAAAUCCAAGGAACUAGGGGGGAGACUCUACCACAGCAAUUCUUCUCUGUUAAUUUUAGCAGCUUCACUGCGACUCAGCCGAACUUCCAAAAGAGGGCUUGUCUUAAGGUAGCGUGAAAUUUGGUGAGAGAAGACCAAAGGAAUUAUGGGAUAGCUUCAGGUUUUUAUUUAAGUGGAAAAAUGCUUGUAAAGUCGCUUUAUUUUUUUUUUGCCAGCAGUAGCAAAGUUUUGGUUUCAAUGGCACUACAGGUCUUCACUUAAAGGAAACGUUUAUAACCAAAUUGAAUCCACCAAAACUUUGUUUGUUGCUAGAUUGAGCACUUACGGGAAAGGUUGCAUUAGCAUCCGCACAUACUUUCUACACCAAAACUUGAAACAAAUAAAAGGAAAAGCUAAAACAUUGUGUGGCUUCACAACACUAAUUUGUCUGACCUGAUAUAAUUGCUCACUCUCCUCUCUUUUUUUCAUCCCUCUUCCUCCCAUUCCUCAGCUUGGGAUUCUGUUUUCAAUUUUUGAAGAUACCGUGCUUCAGAAUGUAAACUAGAAUGAAACUUGCACUCACGUGUUGCAGUUCUCUUGCUGAACAAUGACUGACUCUUGUAACACUUGGUUUUGAUGUAAAAGAGGUGCACUCUAAUGCUUCUGGAUGGCUUACUGUACCGAAUUAUUUCGUGAGGAGCAGUUAAAAGUGAGCAUGCUAAUUGAAUCUCUGACUUGUUCUUUGCAAGCUAGAUUCUGAGCUUUCACACCACUGUAGCCAAGCAACAUUUUACACUGGUAUAAUCUAAAUUCCCUUGUUAUUUUGUAUAUCACGCAAAGCACAGCAAGGGAAGAGAGCUGUACUCUUCAGUUAUUGGGUGUCUGGUACCUUCCCUUGGCAAGGACUGCUGUCAGAUACUGGAGUAGGUAGUCCUGGGCUUUGUCAAGUAUAGCGAUCAUCCAAUAAAUCCCCUCCCUGGAAAGAAGAAAGUAGACACCACGAGUAUACAAAGCAGCUUAUUUCCACUCCUUAGGAUUCUAAAAUGAAAAAGAGCUAAGUUUUGGCAAAGUGAACCACUUGGCAUCAAAGCAUAACUGGCAAAGUAAUUGUUCAGGGUGCAACCUUGAAAGUUGCUUUUGUUCUAUUAUUGGAAGCAGUUCCCUUGAAAUGCGCCUAUUGUACAGGACAGGAAGCCGACAGUAAUGCAAAUAUGAGAAUACACAUUGGGAACUUCUGGACCUGUUUCUUGCACUAUUGUUGAUUUCCUGCUCAAAUUGCCAAGCUUGUUGAUGUUGAGAGUGUAAAAUCAUCAGAGACACUAUAAGUAUUAUUUAGCUGAAUGUCAUGAAUUUGUAAGCAGGGACAUGACAAGCCUAGAGCACUGAGAACAGUUGCAGGAGGGGUAGUGUAGUUGCCUGGUAUGCCCAUGAGAUAUUGCAUUUUGCACUUGAUAGUCUAGCUAGAGUGCAACCUUCCAGCAGAGAAUGCUGUAGAUGCCACUUUUCUCAUUAAAGGAAAAACUAGGAAACUUGGCUGGGCAGUAGAGGAGGAGAAAGUUAAUGCGGGCUGUUCUGUCAAAGUGACCCCGUCAUCUCCUUGUGUGUUCCCCCUUCUCUCCCACUUCCCCAAGACAAGGAAAACUCAGGCUUAGCCUUUGCUCUUAGCCUUGCUGUGGAGUGGGCUCCCCAGCUGUACAUGGGCAUGGAAAUUUUUGUUUUUAAAGAAACUUGCCCUACCUCUUGGAUAAUUUGCAGUUCUAAUCUGGUAACUGUAAAGCUGUCAUUCUCACCCCUCUUGUGCAUCUAAUGUUCCCUUAGUGCUGGACUCAGUCCAAACACCUAAUGAGGGAAAUCAAUUCUAAGGCAGAAAUGAUAGCCAGGUGCCUAAUUCCUGUGGAAAAAUCUGUGCGAGGAGUGUCUGGAUGUUUUCUAUGCUUCUGCAAUCUCUCAGGGCUCUGCUCUUACAAUGUUAACAUUUGAAAGUGAUGGGACAUGUAUUUCUGAUUCUUGUUUUUGUGGAAAAGAACAAACAACCUGAAGUGUUUUACAUCUACCAUGUUUUUAGAUGGGACUCGGGCUUGGUUUUGUUUUAAAGAAGCAAGGGUCUACUUUCAGGCUCAUCAAUCUUGGCACACCCUCGAAGUACUGACAGCAGUGGUAUAAAAGUGGGACUGUCUGAAGUUUCCUGGUAGCGGGAUCUCACUGAUCUUGUGAGGUCUUGGUCCGAACUCCAGCCCCGGUUAUGCCAAUGUAAAUACAGUAUAAUUCCAUUGGCGUCUGGGAAGGUAUCCUGGCUUUAUAGUGGUGUGACUGAAUUCAGAAUCUGGCCCCUCUUUCUUUCAGAUCUUUUCACUAAUCACAGGUGAUGCAUUUGCUGUGAAUGAUAUGCUCAGAGCUAAAAGCCAUCUUGAAGCCCCCCCACCCCUCCCAAACCUUCAGAUCAGGACUAUUGGUGGAUUAAGCCUAUGGAGUUUCUGUUUGGCUCCUUUAUCCUCAGUGAUCUUUCUGCGAGUGUCUGUUUUGCCACUGUAUCUCUUUGCGUUUGGUUUAGGCGCCUAAAGUCACAGCUGCUAAGAUUAUUACCCAUUUUUUACUCUCGCAUGCCAUUGCACACAUUCUUUUUGCAUCAGUUUUGCACUCAUAUGGCAAGUGAAAAUGGGUAUAAAACCAACUGACAAACGUAGCAGGUGUAACGCACUGGGCAAGGGCUUGGUCCUGCUGCGUUCAUUUUGUUUGGCCUGAUUCUGCUUGCUCAGUAGCUUUAGACCUGUGAGAAACAGCACUGCUUCCAGUAGUCAUUCCUAACUUGCAUGACUGAGAAAUCAGAAAUGGGCCUAUGAGUUACAGGAUUACACCCUGUACAAAAACCAGCUGUUAAGCCUAGAACAAAUACAGGAAAUGUGAACAUAAAGGCAAAACAAAGGAAUUCAAGUUCUUUUAAAGCAGGAAGAUGUGAGAAAAUUUUUGGUUUCAAGAGUCAAAAUGUAGAGAGGAAAGAGGGGGAGACAGUCUCAGUGUCGGAGCAGCCGUUUUCUAUCGGACUGCAGCUAGAGGAGUACUGAUUUCAUUGACCCAUGUUGUAUUAAAUAUAUAUGUAGAGUUAA